AUGGACCAAGAACAACAACAACACACCACCUUGUCUCUAAUCCUUGAUGGGUGUAAGUUAGCUAAAGAGCUUGAAGAAAGCAUCGGGAAUUUGGGUAACCAGCUACAGCCUGAAAUCCUUUCCAAGUCUUGUGAUGAUAUCAUAAAUAUCUUUGCUACUGCCAAGCAAAGGUUAAACAAUAAUGCCCAUCAUCAUCAAGACCCCUCUUUGUUUACCCAUCACUUACUCCACCCACCUCAGGAUUCAUCUGCACACCACAUGCAGACUGAUCCCAGUUUGCAGGAAUGGUUAAAGUAUGGUGCUAUUACACAAGCAAUGGACAUGAUUCAAUCUUGUAGACCCAGCAUUAGCAUGGGGGGAGAAAUCCAGGCUAUGGAUGUAUUAAAUUCUGGUAAAGCUGCUUCUUCUUCCUCAUCUCAACGUUCCCAUAGAAGUAGGAAGGAUGAUGAAGAGAAAUGCAAAACGAGAGUAGCUGCUCCUCAGAUGGGAAAUACCGACCUUCCACCCGAUGACAACUACACUUGGAGAAAGUAUGGACAGAAAGAAAUUCUGGGUUCAAAGUACCCCAGGGCAUACUACAGGUGUACACACCAAAAAAUGUACAACUGCCCUGCAAAGAAGCAAGUGCAACGUCUAGACAAUGAUUUUUACACAUUUGAAGUAACCUACAUUGGUCAGCACACGUGCACCAUGUCCUCCACCGCGCCCUCAAUUCCGCAGCCACCCCCGGUAUUACAUGAUCAGAUGGUUAUGACUCAAGCUAUGGUGUCUCAGCCUGCACUACCUCCAACUUCUUCUUCUACUACUUCAUCAUCAAUAGUUCCUUCUGGAAGCUGGCUUUCAAUGGAAUUUAGCCUUGGUUCGGGUUCAGGUGGAAGAGGUAGCGGCGGUGCAGGUUCAUCAUCAGGAGGAGGCUCAGCUACAGGCAGUCGGUAUGGAAGGGAUGUUGAGUAUUCUGUAGUGGCGGAUAUGGCUGAUGUAAUGUUUAAUUCAGGAAGCAGCAGCAGCAAUAGCAUGGAUUUUAUUUUUCCAUGUGCAGAAGACAAAUGGGAGGCCCCCGGAUCAGGGGACAAGAAACAUUAGUUGAAAUAUUUGCUAAAGCUUAGAAACGUUAUUCAUGAUUAAUGGAGACUAAUUGGGGGUCGCCGGCUCUAUCUCUUUCAUUCACAACAUACCUCGCACAGGCUUAGAUUACCCACUGAUCUCAAGUUUAUCAAAUAACUUUCCUUUCUUUCUUGUAACUUUUUCUACUCUAAUGGGUAUGUAUUAUGGAAACAAAACAUUUACUUCACUACUUCCUUAAUAAUUUGUGCAUGAAAAAGAAAAAAAUUUAUUA